AUGGUCAAAGUUCGGAAAGGUUCUAAACCACCACCAGAUGGAUGGGAUUUAAUUGAACCAACAUUGGAUGAAUUAGAAGCUAAAAUGCGUGAAGCAGAAUUAGCACCACAUGAAGGUAAACGUAAAGUUGAAACUUUAUGGCCAAUAUUUAAAAUUCAUCAUCAAAAAUCACGUUAUGUUUAUGAUCUCUAUUAUAAACGUAAAACAAUAAGUAAAGAAUUAUAUGAUUAUUGUCUUAAACAAUCAAUUGGAGAUAAAAAUUUAAUUGGUAAGUUAUAGAUUUUAAUAGAAAUUCGAUUAGAACUUUGUUUUUUUUCUUUUUAGCACAAUG